CUUAGAAAUUAUCACUGUAAAGCAGAUGUAAAAGAUGGUUAGGAGCCAAUCUUUGUCUAUCUACCUGUAGAGGUGUCAACUACAAUUGAGAGGCUCUUACUUACAGGAGUGGAUUAAUUGAUCCAUGGCUUAAGUGGAAGCUGGAUCUAUACAACUAGGAUCAACUCUGAGUUGUGCACAAGGAAGAAAUUGGCCCAGUGUAAUCAGGCUGAAAUCCCGAUACUGCUCAACAGUUCAUCAUCUAAUGGGGCUGAGUGAUUAACCAAUCGAAAGUAUUGUUUCUCAGUAUUAAUUGAAUCAUAGGAUAAUAAAGAUAAGCAUGAAGAUGGAGCAUACUGGAAUGAUAAUUUAAAAGAUAUUCAAUUGGAAAUGAAGAUGAGAUACAUAAUGGGCAAUUUGGAUUUAAUAUGGACUGCAUUAUUUGGACUUUUAUUAUGCCAAGUUGGGACUUGUAAUAAAGUUAGACACUUUAGAAAAAGACAAAAACUAUUCCCUACAAAUGGAGGGAUAACAAGAUGUGAUGGAUGCCCAAGUCGAAUUCCAGCCAGUAUAAUUGAUGAACAGUCAACUGGUGAUGUAGUUAAACGAGAAGGAGAAACGGUAGUUCUUGUAUGCAAUGUCACAGGAAUACCUGCCCCUGAUGUUACAUGGUAUCGUAAAUCAAUUCAUACCACAUCCCCUUCAGUACGUGAAAAAUGCCCACUGCCAAUGAGUAGUGACUCUUCUGACAACAUCCAUACAAAAAUUGGACUGACUGGGGAAAUGCUGAUAAUCACUAAUGCGUCCCGCUACUGUGAGGAUACGUAUGAAUGUGUGGCAGACAAUGGGGUAGCAAUGCCAGAUAGCCGCAUAAUGAAUGUCAAAAUAGAAUUUGCCCCUGAAAUACAUCUUCCAACCAAGACAAUGGGACAAUACAAAGGCAGAGACACUGUAAUCCUUUGUAAAAUCACUGCCCAUCCACAUCGUAUCAACUUCUGGGAACUAAAUGGUAGAGAGAUCCAAACCCGAACUGGCAAAUACCUAGUAGAAGUGUAUGAUGGCACUGAACCACAUGAACAAGUGAUGAGUCUAUCUAUUAAAGACUUAGGGCCAAAUGACUUUGGGUGGUAUUCAUGCAUUGCUGCAAAUCAGUUCGGAAAAGCCGCAAAAGACAUGAAAUUAUAUGAACUUGAGGUUCAAACAACGAGAAAUGAGUAUCAAGAGCCAAAUGAUGAAAAUCGGCCCACAGCUCCAGAGAUAGUGCUGCCACCUGGAGGAGGUGGAGGGAACUCUGGAAAAUCCUCAUCUACUUCCAAAACUACUACAACUACUGCAUAUCCAGAGGUACAAGCUGGGAAUUUAAUAAAUGGAGGGAGUAACCAUGGCAAGUAUACGUCAAUACUGAUGGUUGUCUUAGCAGUCAUGUCAAACAUUUUCUUUCAAUGGAUACGGACAUAAUGGAUGCAGAGGGGCCACCUAAUGAUGGGUUAUGCACCUGAAAAAACCAAAGUGUCAAUGAAUGGAAUGACAUUUAUUCCGAAUGAUUUAUGCAGAUGGGCAGCAUAUUCAGCAUUAAAACAAAAUUGGGAUACAGUUAUACCAGUUAAUUAGGAUAUGCAAAUCCAUAAUUUCAAAAAUUCUUGGGCCUUCUUGGACAAGUAAAACAUUGCUGAUGAAUGGGCCCGUAUAACAAUGCUGAAAUGCAAGCUGCCAUUGUCUAUUCCAAAAAUGGCCAAAUUUAUAAAUACAAAGAAAAUCAUCUAAGUAUAGUAGCAUGUAUAGUUAGCAAAAAUGCACCAGUUGUACAGAUCAUUCAUAAUGUAAUAUGUUAAAUUGUAUGAUACUUUAUAAUUGCAUAAUGAAGAAUUUCAAAAUAAUGAAUUGUUUAGGAUAAUUUAUUUAACAUUGUAAAUGAUGUUAACAAAGCAUACAGGAGAGUGGCACAUUGACAAUCAAUAUAAAUAUUUGCGAGGCAGGGUCAAAACAAAGUAAUGCCAUCUUUUAAAUCAUAAAUAAAACAGAUUGAUUCAUUUUCUUCUUUCAUUAUUACUUUGGGAUGAAUUUAUACAAUGCUAUUGCAAACUAAAAUCAUAUAAACAUUUGAGAAGUGAUACACUUGUAACUCUAUAUUUUCUAUAGUUCAGCUGUCUACUAAAUAUGAGCAUACAUUUACUUUGAAAAGCAUAUGAUGAGGUAAAUGAGUAAAUGAAUGUUGGUGAAAUAUAGGAAAACAUAUUAUUUAAUGCCAACCUUUACCAUGGUACUAUAUUUAUAUCAUGAAAUGUUUACUUUAGGUUAUGAAGCCCAUGGCCAGGGGGAGGUUUGGGGUGUAAGCAAACCAAUCCCCUGGUCCAAAAUUCUUUCAAAAUCAUGCCGUUUUUCCCUAUUCUGAGCACCCAUCAAGUGAUAUGGGCUAAAGGUGUCAAAAGUGAACCCCUCCUGGCUAUGGCCUUGGUUAUAGGGAGUAAAGAUG